AUGUGGAAAUUUGUUAGAGAAAAUGAAUUGAGGAUGAUGAGUAGCUUCUUCUGGUCACUGUUGAUCAUACUACUAUUUCCAUGGCACUUGCGAUUGCAUGCUUUCUAUCUUCCUGGAGUUGCCCCUACCGAUUUUCAAACUGGAGAUUCUCUUCAUGUUAAAGUAAACAAGCUUUCAUCCACCAAGACACAGCUGCCAUACAAUUAUUACUUCUUGUCCUAUUGUAAGCCUCCAAGAGUUACCAAUAGUGCAGAGAACUUGGGGGAAGUUCUUCGAGGUGACCGUAUUGAAAAUUCUGUUUAUACUUUCAAGAUGAAUGAGACAGAGUCCUGCAAGGUGGCAUGUAGAAUCAAGCUUGAUGUUGUAUCCGCUAAGAAUUUCAACGAUAAGAUUGGUGAUGAUUACCGAGUUAACAUGAUUCUGGACAAUCUUCCUGUGGCUGUUCCUCGGCAAAAAGUGGAUAGAAUGGGAGAAAAAUCUCAUGAACGAGGAUUUCAAGUUGGAUUUAAAGGAACAUUUGAGGGGGUGAAAGAGAAAAGUUAUUUUAUAAAUAACCAUUUAAAUUUCAAAGUUAUGUAUCAUAAGGAUCUUGAGGCGCGCACUGCUCGUGUUGUUGGUUUUGAGGUUACUCCCUUCAGUAUUAACCAUGAGUACAACAAGUGGGAUGAGGAGAACACUAAAUUAACGACAUGCAAGCAUGGGAAGCCAACUGUAUUUGGAACUAACUCUGUACCUCAAGAGAUUGUUGCACACAACGAAGUAGUGUUUACAUAUGACGUUACCUUUGAGUCAAGUAAUAUCAGAUGGGCGUCACGUUGGGACUCAUACCUUCAUAUGAAUGGAGAUCAGAUCCAUUGGUUCUCAAUUAUAAAUUCUUUGAUAAUUGUGCUUUUUCUAUCUGGAAUAGUAGCUAUGAUCAUUAUGAGUACUAUAUACAGAGACAUUGCCAACUACAAUCAGUUGGCACAAGACGAAGUUCAAGAAGAAACUGGAUGGAAGUUGAUACAUGGGGAUGUCUUCAGGCCACCUGAAAACUCCAGUUUACUGUGUGUGCAUGUUGGGACUGGAGUCCAAGUUUUUGGAAUGUCCCUUGUCACACUGAUAUUUGCUUUAGUUGGUUUUCUUUCACCUUCUAAUCGUGGUGGGCUGAUGACAGCUAUGGUUUUACUAUGGGUGUUCAUGGGCUUAUUUGCUGGAUACUCCUCUGCUAGAUUAUACAAGAUGUUUAAAGGAACAGACUGGAAAAAAAUGUCACUGAAAACAUCCCUUAUGUUCCCUACUUUUCUUUUCGCCGUGUUUUUUGUUCUGAAUGCUCUAAUAUGGGGAGAGAAAUCUUCUGGAGCCGUCCCGUUUGGGACAAUGUUCAUUUUGGUCCUACUCUGGUUUGGCAUUUCAGUACCAUUAGUCUUCGUGGGAAGCUUCCUAGGUUAUCGAAAACCUGCAGCUGAAGAUCCCGUUAAAACAAAUAGGAUACCUAGAUUGAUCCCUUUGCAGCCUUGGUACAUGAGUCCUUUAAUCUCUAUACCUUUUGGAGGAAUACUUCCAUAUGGUGCAGUGUUUAUAGAACUGUUUUUUAUCUUGACAUCGAUAUGGCUGAACCAGUUUUAUUACAUAUUUGGAUUUCUCUUCAUUGUCUUCACCAUUCUUAUAGUAACUUGCUCGGAGAUAACCAUAGUAAUAGCCUACUUCCAAUUAUGCACUGAGGACUAUCGUUGGUGGUGGCAAGCCUAUUUGACUUCUGGCUCUUCCGCAUUGUACCUUUUCUUGUAUUCCAUAUACUAUUUCUGUUCCGAGUUGGAGAUCUCAAAACUUGUCUCAGGUAUUCUUUACUUUGGUUAUAUGUUGAUUGGUGCUUAUGCAUUUUUCGUUGUCACUGGGACUAUUGGCUUCUUAGCCUGCUUGUGGUUUAUUAGGAAGAUAUAUUCUGCAGUCAAGAUUGAUUGAUAAAGUACCAACAACAAACACUUGAUUGGAACUUGUA